AUGGAUCAAUGUUUUGCAAAGCAAAAAUCUGAGGCACGAAACAAGAACAAUGUCAAUUUUUGCGUUGAAAAUAAGGAUACCCCGAAAAGCGACGUUGUUGUAGCCGUAAUUCAGGGUGUUCCGGUGGACGUUUUGAUCGAUAGUGGGUCGACCAUAUCUCUUAUAUCGUCAGCAUUAUUGAAACAUUUUGAUUGUGCACAUAAGCCUAGUUUUCGCAUUUUACGCGGAUUGGGUAGUCAGGAACUUGAGACUACCUCCUACGUAACACUGCCAAUAGAGUUUGACGGCUUAACGCUCGAAGUAGAUUUGUUCGUGGUGGAGUCCAAGUUCAUGAAUACGCCUAUUAUUGUGGGAACUGACGUACUCAAUAGGGAAGGUGUUCAAUAUGUUCGCACCCGAGAUUCUCAAUCGUUAACUAGGAAAGCGACUAAUUGCGAGAGAGUGAUGGCUAUUCAGUCUGAUAAGUCAAUCUCAGUCAACACGCCGUUAACUGGUGACCAGCUACAGCGUUUGCUUGAUAUAAUAAACAAGUUUUCUGAGUAUUUCAUUUCUGGUACUGCGACAUCAACUGUCAAUGCGGGAUGUAUGACUAUAAGACUGACUAGUGACACUCCCAUUAGCUACAGGCCUUAUCGGAUGUCUCACAAUGAGAUACUUCGGGUACGUGAAAUAAUUAAUGACCUUGUUUCAAAGGGGAUCAUACGUGAGUCGGAAUCGGAUUACGCGAGCCCUAUUCUUUUAGUAAAAAAGAAAGAUGGAUCGGACAGAAUGUGCGUGGAUUUUCGCAAGUUAAAUGAAGUGACUGUUAAAGACCGAUUCCCACUCCCACGUAUAGACGACUACACAGAUCGAUUAGGUCAUAACAGGUACUUCACUAGUCUUGAUAUGGCUACUGGUUUCCACCAGAUCCCAGUCAGCGAGGGGUCCAUUCCACUCACGGCAUUUGUCACGCCGGAGGGGCAUUUUGAAUAUCUAAAAAUGCCUUACGGCCUAGCCAAUACUCCGGUUGUGUAUCAGCGUAGUAUAUCGAAAACUCUCCGAAAGUUUAUUGAUUCUGGUGAUGUGCAUGUAUAUAUCGACGAUGUGCUGAUAUUGAGUAGAACAAUAGACCUGGGUUUUCACCUUUUGCACCAAGUUUUGACAGCCUUGACUGAAGCGGGGUUUUCGAUUAAUUUAAAAAAGUGUUCUUUUCUAACAGAAGAAAUUGAGUACCUCGGCCGUAAAAUUAGCCAGGGUCAGGUGCGACCGAGCCCUAGCAAAGUCAAAGCUUUGGUCGAGUCCCCAGAACCGAAAAAUGUGAAACAGGUUCGCCAGUUCUUGGGCUUAGCCAGUUAUUUUCGCAGAUAUAUACCAAAUUUUGCUCAAAGGUCUGCUUGUAUAACAGCUCUAACUAAAAAGGGGGUUGAAUUUAACUGGGGCAAGGAACAACAGGCUGCGCGUAAUGACCUAAUUGAACGCCUAACUGACGAGCCUGUUCUCGCAGUAUAUGACCCGUCCUUGCCGAUUGAAGUCCAUACGGACGCGAGUUCCGUCGGAUACGGGGCUAUUUUGCUGCAAGUGCACGACGGUGGCCACAGGCGAGUGUUGUAA